CGAACUCCGGGCAGGGGCGCACGAGUCGGCGCACGCUUGGGCAGGUGCCAGACGCAGAUCGGGAGGCGACAGCAGCCGGCCGGCCGGGAGCGGGACUGCCCCGUAGGAAGCGCUUCCCCGGAGCGAGCAGCGGCGUGGCCGGCGGGCGAGGGCGUGCGGCGAGGCCUUUGGGAGCGAGCGCGGGGGCGCCAUGGAGUCCGGCGGCAAGCAGAUGACAGCGCGGUUGAUGCUGGCAGUAGGAGGAGCGGUUCUGGGAUCCUUGCAGUUCGGUUACAACACUGGCGUCAUCAAUGCCCCUCAGGAGGUGAUUGAACGCUUUUACAAUCUGACGUGGUAUGACCGCUAUGGGGAGUAUAUCAGCCGCAGCACCCUCACCACUCUGUGGUCCCUCUCUGUGUCCAUAUUCUCCAUUGGAGGGAUGGUUGGAUCUUUCUCUGUUGGGCUGUUUGUUAACCGCUUUGGACGGCGGAACUCUAUGUUGAUGUCCAACAGCCUCGCCUUCCUUGCCACCGUGCUUAUGGGUUUUUCCAAGAUGGCCAGCUCUUUUGAAAUGUUGAUCCUUGGCCGCUUCAUCAUCGGGGUGUAUUCUGGCCUCACCACAGGAUUCGUGCCCAUGUAUGUGGGCGAGGUGUCGCCCACAGCCCUUCGAGGGGCUCUGGGGACCCUUCAUCAGCUUGGCAUCGUUGUGGGCAUCCUUAUAGCACAGAUCUUCGGCAUGGAUCUGAUCAUGGGGAGCGAGUCGCUAUGGCCACUGUUGCUAGGCUUCAUCUUUGUCCCCGCCUUGGCGCAAUGUCUCCUGCUGCCCUUUGCCCCCGAGAGUCCUCGCUUCCUCCUCAUCAAUCGUAAUGAGGAGAAUAAAGCUAAGAGUGUUCUGAAGAAGCUCCGAGGGACAACCGAUGUCAGCAGUGAUCUCCAGGAGAUGAAGGAGGAAAGCCGCCAAAUGAUGCGGGAGAAGAAAGUGACCAUCCCGGAGCUGUUCCGCUCGCCCAUGUACCGCCAGCCCAUCCUCAUUGCCAUCGUCCUUCAACUCUCUCAGCAGCUCUCGGGGAUUAACGCGGUCUUUUACUAUUCUACGAGAAUCUUUGCAAAAGCUGGGGUGAAGCAGCCGGUCUAUGCUACCAUAGGUGCUGGGGUCGUAAACACAGCCUUCACAGUUGUUUCGCUGUUUGUAGUGGAACGGGCUGGACGACGGACGCUCCAUCUUGUUGGCCUGGCUGGGAUGGCGGGCUGUGCAGUCCUCAUGACAAUUGCUUUGGCCCUCCUGGAUCAAAUGAACUGGAUGUCCUACAUCAGCAUUAUUGCCAUCUUGGGCUUCGUGGCGUUUUUUGAGAUUGGCCCGGGCCCCAUUCCGUGGUUUAUCGUGGCGGAAUUGUUCAGCCAAGGCCCGCGCCCUUCUGCCUUUGCUGUGGCUGGCCUGUCGAACUGGACGUCAAACUUCAUUGUAGGGAUGGCCUUCCAAUACCUCGAGGAACUCUGCGGCCCCUAUGUCUUCAUCAUCUUUAUGGUGCUGCUGAUCCUGUUCUUCGUCUUCACCUACUUCAAGGUGCCCGAGACGAAGGGCCGAACCUUCGAUGAGAUAGCCUCCGGGUUCCGCCAGGGGGGAGCUGGGCAGUCUGAAAACAAAACGCCGGAUGAGUUCCACAGCUUGGGAGCGGACUCCCAGGUCUAAGCCACAAAAGACUUUGGUUCCUUCUUUGCUUCACUCUUCUUUUCCUGCCUGUUCUUGAUGCUUAUCACAGAAGCCAGGUCCAAGGUGAAAGAGGCAUUCGAGCCCAUCUGCGGGGCUGCCGCCUGGUUUCCAGGUGAUGAACUGACACCAUUCGCUAGGAACGGUUAGCUGGUUUCAUGUCCAGGAUUUCAAUGCCAACCCAUUCAGAAUCCAUGGCUUCCCAUUCAGGGCGAGCCGCCCCUUCUUGGGAGCCAGCUCGCUCUCCCCCAACCCUGCCCCGUUUUAAGGGGAAAAAUAAAGCAGGAGAAGUUUGCAUGCCAAGCUUGCAGCUCCAGAAGCAAACCAUUUUAAUCAUGGAAAGUAUUUUUAGAUGAAAUCUCGUAUCCAAAUUUGGUUUUUUAAAAAGGCUACACUUUCAGCGGUGGGGGUGGGGGAUUAUGAGCUAAAGGUAGUCCCCUGUGCAAGCACCAAGUCAUUACUGACCCAUGGGGGGUCGUCGCAUCACGACGUUUUCUUGGCAGACUUUUGUUACGGGGUGGUUUGCCAUUGCCUUCCCCAGUCAUCUACACGUUACCCCCAGGAAACUGGGUACUCAUUUUACUGACCUCGGAAGGAUAGAAGGCUGAGUCAACCUUGAGCCGGCUACCUGAACCCGGCUUCCACCAGGAUCGAACUCAGGUCAUGAGCAGAGCUUGGGCUGUCGUAUUGCAGCUUACCACUCUGCGCCACGGGGCUGCAAGACAGCAAAUAGGUUUCUGUUGGGCUGAACUGGCUCCCCACACCCCCUACCGCAAGGAAUUUGAAGUGGGUUUGAUAGAUCCCUUCUGAGGGUUCUGGGUUAAGAGCCCUGCUUACUCAUUCCAGCGUCCCAUCUCCCAACGAUGGCCAACCGGGGCACUCCUGAAAAGGCCACACGCAGAGCAGAAAGGCGAUAGCCCUCCCCUUUAUAAACUGGCAUUGAGGUAGACUGCUCCUGAGCCUGCAGUUUACAUUUAGCAGUCAUGGAUAGUACUCAUUGACAGACCUCUCCUCCAUGAAUUUGUCGAGUCCCCUUUUAAAGUGUAUGGACAAUGCUACAUCUUGUGGCAGGGAGUUCCAUGUGAAGAAUUCCUCCAAGCAGGAUGGAGGAGCUCUAAUAUGCCCUAAACCUCACAUAUCAAAGUCCCCCCCCCCAAGUCCCCACCCCAUACACAAAGGUUCCAUAAAGGCACAGUUCUAUUGUGUCUGUUCAAGGGCAGGAGUGUUCUCUGCAAAUGUUCUCUCCUGGCCCUUAACGCCCUGGACUCACUGUACCAAAAGAAAUGAGUCAGUGAAAAUGGCUGCAUACAUUUCCUGCUUACUGUGUAUAGACUGGAAAAUAUUUAUAUUAUAUAUAUAUUUUUUGUUCAACUGUGUUAAUAGUGCACUAAAUUAUAGUGUGGUUUCUGACGAACAAGCAACUUACUGUAAAUAUUCUUGAAUUAUAUUCACACUGUAUGAUAAAAACAGAUCUAAUUUCUGUAGCAACUGUAACGGAAGACUUGUACAAUGACCUUGUUUUGUAUAGAUAACUUACCUGCACUGUAGCUGCAUCUGUUGCACUGAAUUUUUAGAAUUUUUUUUCUUAGUAUAACCACCCCAAGCCCUUAAAGGUCCCCGGCUCCCUGAGCGUGUUUGUUACAAGCUCCUGGAAUGUUUGCAAAAAAACAAAAAAGGUCACAGCUAUUUAAGCAUCUACUUUUUUAUUUAUUUGUCUGUUUUUAAAGUAUGCGACCACACUUGAAAGACAAUAUACGUUUUAGGAAGAACAAAAAAUGAAAAAAAAAAUCUAAUUUUGCUGUGUCUGAUGCAAUGUUAUCCUGAACUCCUUUUUGAAGUGCCAAUAGGAGGGGGGGAAAGAAAUGUAUGGGAAGAGACGUUUGUAUGAGCAGAAUAAAUGACAUGAGCGUU